AUGGAUCUAGUUGAUAGGAAACCUUAUCUCUACAGGGGCAUGGUGAAUAUCCAAGAGCUUGAGAUGUUCAUCAAACAAAGAAGACGAGAGGCAGAGCUCAGCAAGAGGUUUGUGAAGAUGACGUGUGAUCUUGAAGAUGAGCUAGACAUUGUGCUGGCAGAAGACGAGACAGCAAAUGGAGAGGGAGUAAAGCGGCGAAGAAGAUCUGUCACACUCGACAUAGACGAUAUACUGAGCAUAUCGGCUGAGGAAGCAAGAAAUGACCUGCAUAUGAUCUGCGGAGAAAAAAAUUACAAAAUGUUCAUCAAAAACAGCACGCUGGUUGUGGAUGGAGGGACAUUUGUGAAAGGCGACGCCAUCAGGGUUUCUGUAAACCAAGAGGAGCAUGUAGGAACAAUAACAUCUGUUGAGGAAAAUGGAAUCGUAGUAAAAACAAAGGGAUUCAAGAGGCUCAAGAUUCUCUUGGAUGAUAUGAGAGAAAUUGGAUCCUCAAUUGUGCUAUUGGAAAAUGAAAGCCCAAGGCAUGCAUCUAGAAGGCAUUUGCUGUAG